AUGGCUUCUUCUUCUUCUUCUUCUUCUUCUUCCUUGAUCCCUCUUCAAUCGAAGAAUUACGAUGUGUUCAUUAGUUUUAGAGGUGACGAUGUCCGCGUUGGUUUUCUCAGCCAUUUGCGUGAAGCUUUUAUCCAAAACGAAGUCAAUGCCUUUGUGGAUGAAAAACUUGAUAGAGGAGAAGAGAUCUCAUCCUCCCUCUUGGAAAUAAUUGAACAAUCACGCCUUUCUGUGGUCAUUUUCUCUGAAAAUUAUGCUUAUUCUCCCUGGUGUUUGGAUGAACUUAUGAAGAUACUUGAGUGCAAGAAAGACAUGAAACAAAUGGUUUUACCGGUUUUCUACUGUGUAGAUCCAACCCAUGUUCAAGAACUUACAGGUAACUUUGGAGCUGCACUUGCUAAGCAUAGGGAAGAUUUCAAGAACUCUUUAGACAAGGUGGAGAGCUGGUGCCAAGCUUUGAGAGAAAUUGCUGGGAUGGCAGGGUUGGUUUCCCAUAACAUUAAGCCUGACUCCGAGCUAAUUAAGGAAAUUGUCAAACACAUUUCAGAAAAAUUAAAUGAUGGGGUUCCAAGUGAUUCUUAUGAUAAAGGGUUAGUAGGAAUUGAUUCCCGUGUCAAGGAUGCUGAAUCCUUAUUAUGCCUGGAGUCUGUGCGUGUUUUAGGAAUUUGGGGGAUGGGUGGUAUAGGAAAAACCACCAUUGCUGAAAAAUUAUUUGAUCGAUUUUCUGGUCAAUUCAAUAGGCGAUGCUUUGCUGCAAAUGUCAGGGAAAAGUUUGAAAAGUGCGGACCAGAUGCUGUACGAAAGGAAAUCCUUUUUCAAGUAUUAGGAAGGGAAACUUGUAAUUUAGGUCUGUCCACCAGGAGACGGUUGUCACGAGAAAAAGUUCUCUUUGCUCUUGAUGAUGUGAGUGAUUCAGAUCAAAUAGAAAGUUCCAUGGGAAAUCCAGCUAUGUACGGUCCAGGGAGUAAAUUCAUUAUAACAAGCAGAGAUAAACAGCUGCUUAGGAACAUGGAGGCUCAGAUAUAUGAAGUUGAGAAAUUGAAUGACUGUGAAGCUUCUUGGCUUUUUGGCUUCCAUGCCUUCAAACAAGAUAAUGUAGGAAAAGAAUAUAUGGUGUUUUCAAAGAAGGCAGUUAAAUAUGCUCAAGGCAAUCCAUUAGCCAUUAAAGUUUUGGGUUCCAAUUUAUAUGGUAGAAGUGUGAAAGAAUGGGCAGAUGAAUUAGAAAAAUUGGAAGGUACAUCGGAUGAAAAAGUUCAGAGAAUAUUGAGACUAAGUUAUGAUGCUCUAUCUGCAUAUGACAGGGAAAUUUUUCUUGACAUAGUGUGCUUCUUCGAAGGGGAAGAUAAAGUUCGUGUUGAAAAUAUACUGGGUACCCCUGGCUCAAUAAUUGGAAUCAGUCGUCUAGCUGAUAUGUCUCUUAUUUCUAUUGCAAAUAACAAGUUACAUAUUCAUGACUUGCUGCAACAAAUGGGCAAGGAUAUUACUUGCGAGGAAAAACAGAUUGGACAACGUAGCAGACUGUGGCAUCCUAAGGAUAUAUAUUACCUGUUGACAAGAGCUGAGGGGACUGGAGCAAAUAAAGGUAUAUCGCUGGACAUGUCCAAUAUCAGAGAGGUGGAACUAAGUCCUACGGUCUUUGAGAGAACGUACAAUCUCAAGUUUCUCAAGUUCUACUGUUCAGUACUCAGUCAAAACAGAGUAAACUUCUCGGAAGGACUCAAAUUUCUUCCAGAUGAGCUAAGGUUACUGCACUGGUAUCAAUACCCUUUGAAAUAUGUGCCAUUGAGUUCAUGUGCUGAGAAUCUUGUUGAUCUUUGCUUGACUAAUAGCAAAAUUAGGGAACUUUGGAAUGGAGUUCAGCAUCUUGGAAAUUUGAAAUAUGUUAACCUCAGCUUCUCUAAGGAUCUAAUCAGAAUUCCAGACUUGUCUGGAUGCCCAAAUCUUGAGGUUCUUGAUUUGCAUACAUGUACAAGUUUGGUUGAAAUUCCCCCAUCUAUAAAAUUUUUGAGCAAACUUACUUCACUGUUUCUAACAAGUUGUGCAAGUCUUUGCGAUUUACCGAGCUUGCUUCAUUUGAAAAGUCUUGAGGUUCUUGUGGUACAGGAUUGCCCAAAAAUCAUAGAGUUUCCAGUGGUUCCAUGUGAUAUAAGGAGUUUACAUAUGGGUAGAAAUGCAAUAGAGCAAGUGCCCUCAUCAAUUGGGGGUCUCUCUCAUCUUUUUUUGUUGGAUUUGGGUUGGUCGACGGGGCUUGAAAGUCUUCCAGACAGCAUUUGCAAUCUCAAAUCUCUCAGAGAAUUUCGUAUCGGUCGCUGUGGGAACCUAAAGGAACUUCCGGAGAACUUGGGGAAUUUAGAAUCUCUAGAGAAGCUUUUAGCAGAUGGCUCUGCUAUAAAAGAAUUACCAGACAGCAUUUGCAAUCUGAAAAAACUUGCGACAUUAUCAGUUGAGAGAUGCGUGAAUCUCCUUGGUCUGCCAGCAAACCUGGGGAAUUUAAAGUCUCUAGAGAAUCUUUAUGCCAGUGGUACUGGUAUAAAAGAAUUACCAGAAAGCAUUUGCAGUCUGCAAAAUCUUGCAGCCUUAUUUCUUGGCAAUUGUGUAAAUCUGCAGGGUCUGCCAGAAAACAUUGGUAAUUUAGAAUCUCUAAAGGUGCUUCAGGCAUAUGGUACUGGUAUAAAAGAAUUACCGGACAGCUUUGGCAAUCUGAAACAACUUACAGUGGUUGACAUUUCUGACUGCGUAGUUCUGCAUGUACUGCCAGAGAGCUUUGGGAAUUUAGAAUCUUUGGGGCGUAUUACGGCAUCUGGCUCUGGUAUAAAAAGACUACCAUCUUUGACAGGGUUUCCUCUUCUAGGGGUGGCUAAUCUAGAUUUUUGUGGCCUGCUAGAAUUUCCUAGCACUCUUUGCCAUAUAGUGUCAUUGAAAGAAUUGUACAUUGGUGGAAAUAAUUUGGAGACAAUACCAGAUACCAUCAAAAAACUUUCAAGACUAGUUCAACUUGAAUUAAGUGAUUGCAUGAGACUAAAAUAUUUGCCAGAGCUUCCAUCUCUCAGCAUAUUAUCUGCAAAUAAUUGCACUUGUCUUGAAUCAGCAUCCUGUUUAUUCCAACUCCAGAGUAUUAAAGCUUUACAAUUUGGCAACUGCAUCAAUUUGGAUGGGGAUGAAUGUAGUAAAAUUGUGGACCAUUUAUUGGCAACUCCUCUUCCCAGAGGGAAGUGGUAUAUCUCUCUUUCUUUCUCCGUAUCAUAAGACCUUUUAGUGU